UUUUUUACGUUUACUUUUUUAAUUAAAAAACUCCAAUUUCUAACUGAUUACGGCCAAAAACGUUCAUCUUGUUACUCAAGAGCAAGAAAUAUUUAUAUAUAGUUAAAAUUAACCUUUCUUUAGGUUCACAAUUUUGAUAAAACGUUGAAAUUUGGAAAUUUUUUACUAGUUUCCAGGCCCAAACCGAGACAUGUUUUGCGCGCAUUAUUAUUGUGAACAUGUGUGAAAAAUAUGUGUGAAGUGGUGUGAACGAUCAUUGUACGAACAAGAAAGAAGAAACGUAAUUUUGUUGGAUUGAUAUUGCUUAUAUGAAUUCAAAGUAAUAGUUGAAUCGUUCACAAUUUGUCAUCAAAAUGACUACUGGAGACGCAGGCAGUUCUGCAACCAGGGUUAUUCAAGUGACCAAUGUCGCCAAAACUGCAACAUAUGAACAACUGAAAGCAUUUUUUGAUUUUCUUGGUGGAAUUGAAGAGAUGAAAAUCUAUCCAACUCAGUAAGUAAUAAAUGCAGAAUUAUCUUUACUUGAUAGUGCUUAUUUGUCGAUUAUAUCGGAUGAGAGAUUGAGAGAACUGCAGUUUGUUUGCAUGUGGUGCAGUGCUAGUAGCCACAGAGUGGAUACAUACAGAGGUGUAACUGACCGUUGUAAACACUGCGGAAACUUACGUUUUCAUGUACCCAUUUUUUUCAGGCGACCGGGCAAAAAAUGAUCAACUGCUUGUGCUCGGCAAGUUCCGCUAGCAGUUUAAAGCGAGCCGCCAUUCAAUGGAUGCAUGCAACUUGCCGAGCAUGCGCACAAAAAAGUGGGCACACUAGUUGGUAGUUAUAACUCUGUAUAUAUAUCUACUCUGUGCUACAGCACAAAUUUAAACCGUACAGUUUAUACUGUUUUUCAAAAUAUAAGAUAUUCAAGCAAAAAUUUAAAUGUUUUAUAUACUGUUUUCUCAAAACAGAACAUUUUGUGCUUUGAGAUUUUUUAUGCAUAGUGCUUCAGCAGUUGACAAAUAUAGAGCUCAGCGCAAACAUAAAUUAUAGCAUCUGACCAAAGAGAAUUUCGCGUCCCGAUUCGAGACGCAUAUAUUCCAGGGUCUGAAAUUUGCGGUAUCCCGAUAUCCACGGGAUACUGAAAUUUGGUUUUGGAUACUAAGUUUAUUUUACUUGUAUCCCGAUGGGAUACCACAUUUUUUUAAAAAACGGGAUAGCAGUUAAUGUUUUAGUAGUCUCCCCACAUUUUUGUUCAUUAAAUAGUGCUGUAACACAAGUCUAGCAUUCGUCUUAACGUUGUAUUUAUGCAUGUAGUCCACUCAUGGUUCAAUUCGCGAGUCGCCAUUUUGAAUAGUGUUUCCACAUUGAAACAACUGUCCAGACUUCAUUGAAAAGAAUCUUUUUGAAAUCAAGAAAAGUCUAGCCUGCGUAGCAGGCGGUAUUCGCGGGCACGUGAAGAAAAGUCAAGAAGAUUGUAAGGAAAUUUGAAGGUCGAUAGUUAGCAAAAAAGAAAUACAUUUUUUUUGCUGCCGUCAUGAACUAAAAUACUCAUAAAUAAUCCAUGCUUUCUUGUGAUAUUAUGUAAAAAAUAUUUAAUUAAAACCACCAAAACUCCUGAUGCAGGCAAUGGUCUUCAUGAUAAUACAGCCAAUGAUGAUGAUAAUGACGCUGUAGUUCCCAUUUGAGUGCAUACUGAUAGCAUUAAAAAUCAGAGAAGUUGACACUUAGACUUUAAUCUAUAAUUAAAUAACCCUGUUAACUGUUAAGAAAUUGAAUAUUUGAACUGUAUAAGUUCCUUUUAGGAUUCUAGUAUAUUAAACAUAAAAUGCGAUGGACGAAAAUGCUUGACGUAGUUGACUAAGAGUAAGCCUUAGAGUGAUGUUGGGUCUGGCCCUGUGGGAUACGAAAAGCCAACUAGUUAAGUAUCCAGAUUUAGGAUACUGGAUUAUUGGGAGGGAUACCAAAUUUUAAAACCUUGGUAUCCAUGUGGAUACUUAAAAAAAAAUCAAAUUUCAGACCCUGUAUUCCAAAUUGUAUGCCAUCAGUCCAGGCUCUCAUUUCACCUUGAGAGCCUGCUCGCAGGCUAUUGAUGAUAAGUAUAAGAUUCAUCAUUUGUCAAGGGUGGGUUAACUACAAAAUUUUUGUAGUUCGCUAUAACUAUAGCUACUUCAAAAAUAUGUAGUCAGCUACAACUACUGCUACUUUUGAACAAAGGUAGUUCGCUACUAACUACAGCUACUGCUUAAAAAAUGUAGCAAACUAUUUCGCUAUUACGCUAAUCUAUAUUUUUUAGUUUUACUGUAUUUGGAGCAUCUACUAUUAAAGCAACAUGUUUGUAAGCACAGGAGUGCAAAUUGACUAUUGAGUAUUGAUUUUAAGCAGACCGUGUCUCAAUAUCAUCAUGCCAUUCUAUCAAGUUGCUAACAAUUUUAAAAAGUAGCGAAUAGCGAUUCGCCGUUUGAAAAGUAGCCAACUACUUGGCUACUUUUAGGCAAAAUAUAGUUCGCUAUAACUACAGCUACUGUUUUAAAAAAGUAGUGAAAAACUACUGGCUACUUGAAAAUUGUAGUUCGCUACAGUAGCGAACUACAAUUACUUCGCUACUACCCACCCUUGUCAUUUGUACACAAUGCCCAGGGUGGAAAGUUUUAUCCCGCAACUGAGAUAUUGGACGUGCAAUUUUGAUACUUUUUAUAUAAAUUAUUUACUAUUAAGUUUUUUAAAUCUUGGUCGUGCAAUUUCCAAACUUUCUAGUUAGGCAUGACACCACCAAUCAUGUGACACUUUGUUAUAUUUGUCAAUGCCUCAUUGUGACAGAUGGAAAAGCGGUAACAAGAUGAAUAGUGUAACUCAUAGUUAAAUUAUUCUAUUAAAGAUCUCUUUAUUGUCAUUCACAAUCAAUAAUUUUGUCUGCCUGUAUCUUUGCAUGCCUCUGUGUUUGUUAACAUUCAAGGUGAAAUUUUGUUUGCUAGGCAAGCAGAUAAGUUUGUAUUGUACAACUGACCUUGGUUAUGUAAUUUGGUUUUUCUUCCAAUUAUAUUUUUAAAAAAUCAUGCACAAAUUUUCCAGUCAGACAGAUAAUCAAAUAGAACACCUAAAUACCCAUUGAUAUAUUUACCAUAGUUAGGAGUGCUAGCUGGUUUAACUCAUUGAGUGAUAGCACUCUCUCCUUGAUGUGUAAAAUCAUCUGCUGUGAGACAGAGUAAAAGAAUGAAGUAGGGCACAUUAGGGUGCAUUGCCACUUAGGGUUGAAUCAUAGGCAGCCCAAAAAUGCAUGUAGAAUGCACCAAAUGUCAAUUUAUAAAUACUAAAUAAAUAAUAUGAAUGGGGCGAGCAUACUUAUAAAUUGACCUUUGAUGCAUUCUACAUGCCUUUUUGGGCUGCCCAUGAUUAAAUGAAUAUUUUAGAUUGUAAAUUAAUGGCAAUAAAUGGUACGUCAAACUCAAUGAAAAAAGGUUUUUGAUAGGUCACUAUCACCUGAAAUACUGAUGAGAAACACAUUUGUCAGGAGCAGAAUGUGUUUGAAAUUUGACCCAAGCCAUGCUCUCCUGCUUAUCAUGUUGUUUACCUGCAGUUGGCUGAAGCCAUGCAAGAUUGUUUUCUCCAUGCACCUAACUCACUAAAUUGCUCCCAAGUUAUUUGUUACAGGCCUUAAAAUAUCUUUUACGUGGCCGUCUGACAGAAUGUCAGAUGACUGUGAGUUUGGGUCGGACAUAUGUAUGAUGAUGUCCGAUGACCAUCAGUUCAGUUUAGCUUGGAAAUAAGUCUGAAUGACACAAAUAACAGCACAAUGUUAUUCUGAAUGGUAAAUGUUGUGUAGAUAUUAAAUAAUUUGUGUCAUUCAUACUUAUUUCCAAGCCAAAGUUAACUUGCAUGCCAAUAACAACAGUAAGAUGUCGACACUUAAAUUCGUUUUCCACUCGACCAUUUCACUCGCUACCGGCAACAUUUUGAUUUACGUUGGACAAAGCUACAGUUCGGUCGGACACCAAUACACUCGGGUCGGGCAAAGAAUUAAAACCUCAGUUUCACUUAGGUCGGACAGAAUGUCCGGUGGUUUCCUCUGUACGUCGGACAAUUUUACGAAUGGGUCGGACAAUGUCCGUGACCGACCGAUAUUUUAAGGCCUGUUUGUUAUUGAAAGUACUGUAAGAUGUUUUGAACUUCUUAUGCGAAUGUUUAAUUUUGUACAUAUAAGUAUAUUCUUUAUAGCUUCUAUUUUUGGUUAUUCUCAGCAUGACCAGCAUGCAUGAUCUUGCAUGUUGGAUACCAGUAGUGUAGGAAGCAAUUGGCAAAGAAUACAAAUACACCUUUCCUGAAUGCAAGUCACUUUGGAUAUAAAGCCUCCAACAUCAUGUCACCCACACUCCCUGACUCCCAUCAUUUGUCUUACCUGUGGUCUUACAUCCCUGCCAGAAUUACAUGUACCCUACUACAACAUAAAUCUACACUAAAACAUAAAUCAACAGUAAUGUCUAACAUUAAAUUAACAUGGAAUUCUGGUGUUGAAGUUUGUUGGGGGUGAUAAUUGACUUCAUGUGGAGUUGCCUCUUUCUUUGUUGUUGAUGACUUAUUAUAGUUGCAAACAGAGAGUUGUCACUGUCUACUUCAUCGUCUGCACUUUGUAAUUCUAGCAUGGCUUGUCCCUAUCCAUGCCAUUCUCAGUGUCUGUUGAAGAGUGGAAGUAAGGCGGACAAAGAAAUGUGAUUAAUCCCCUCUUACAAUAACUGAAGUAUAGUAGCGCUCACCACAGUAAGUACUGCAACAUGCAGCUUAGUUUUUGGCGCCCUCUGAAGUUGAGGGCCAGUAUCCAGUUGCCCCUAUCCCACUUGUUUCAAUGGCCCUGGUUGCUGUAGGAACAGACAUUCCAAUAAAGGAUUUUAAGAUCAUCCAAACGAUUAAUAAAUUCCUUGAUCCCUCCCUGUUUCUUGGCCACUUAACCAUUCUCCUUAUAAUCAUGUUUAUUUCGUUGUCUUACUGGAGAGGUUUAGAUUUGGACAACCAUUAACCAAUCAGAUGCAUUUAAUCUGGUCGAUUAAGCAGUGUGGUAGUGGAAGUUCAUCUCUACUAAUGACCGUUCUGAUAGAGGAUAACGCUACAGCCAAUCUUUGUUCCCAGUGUAUUUGAACUGAAACGCUAAACUUUCUAGCAAAGUUCAGGUACACCAUGCCCGCAGUUUGUUAAGAAACUACACCUGCAGUAGUGUGCCAAAUAGUCCGUUACAUGUUACAGUCUCAGGUCACUAUGUGGACGUAUCAAUUAACACAGAAAUGUACAUUUUUUCAUUAUCGUGACUCGUGAGGGUAGAGGGAUGCAGUCUUCCAAAGCACAUACUGUAUGUCACCACUGUAAUAGUCGAGUAAGAACUGAAAGCUGUCCGUUGACUGACAGUCAGGAACAGUUAAACAUUUCCUUUGUAACAUAUUCUGACAUGAUUUCACCAGUCUCUUGUCUCCCUUUGGCAGGUGAACCAGAAAUAUCGUGAUCUGACUCUGUUACUUGUAUCGUUUAAGAUUUCGAAGACUAUCUUUGCUACACAUAUUUUGAAAAACAGCUCUCCGUUCACUUUGUUACAAUCACGUGAUAGUAGGACUAACAAACCAUUGUCAAUAUUUAAGCUCGUCAACAUGACGUCCAAUGUCUUGUGGUUGACUCCCUGAUACAUUGUCUGUACAUCCUCAUCUAGCAGCUAAAAAUAUAAUCCGCGUAGAUUCUGGCCAUAUUCCCCUUAAUGUUAUACGCCUAACAGGACAGCUGCCAGGUGUCGCCGUUAUUCUUCCAGGUCCGUGUUAAAUCACAGGUUAAACUUCUCCAGUGCCCACAUGAUCCUAAGGCAUUCCUUCUCACUGACUGUUAAUACUUAUGAUGGACAUAAGCGUACGGGGGUGAUUUUUACAUAUUUAUGAAAAAUGUUUCCGAAUUUUCUUGAUUUCCCCUCACUUUUCUUGGUUUUCUAGGUUUUCUUGGUAGGGGCAGCUGGCCUCAAUGACAUGGCCUUGUUUGGUCAGUAUACUGUAACUCCCAAAUUUAUAUUAAAAAUCUUGCCACCGUGAGGUGUCGCGAUGUCAACAAGGUAGCAAACUUGGUAAAAGUUCCAUGUUCCAAGCCGCAUAAAGAAAACGACCACACCCAUGCCAAUCUCGUACCGAGGGAUGCGAUUGCACCCAUGCCCCAAUCUCUCAGGUCCUUUGUCAAGGGCCGCAUCCUGGAUCCAUGUAAACCUUUAGAUGCACGACUCUUUGCAAACAAUCAUAGAACAUCCUGAAAUUUUCACAAAUCUAGUAAGCCGCGUAAAUCCUUCUCACCACGGGUGUAACGUAAAACUUUAUUUCAAAAUCACACGCUAGCCCUGUUAACUAUGAGCUGAUUUCCACGAGGGGCGUGUGAAAUCAGUGUGUACAGUAUGGCACAAAGUGUUCGUUGUACUCGUAUUUUCACAACACAACUUGUUUCCCAACUGAAUCUUUACGUUGAGAGUGGGAAACAGAAUUGCGGGAUAUGUGUACGAUGGUAAAACGUUGCUGCUUGUUUAUUUCCGUUAUCUCUGGUCACACGCAGUGUUUAUAGUGAACCAUCAACUGUGUCUGACUCUGGCAUAUACUGCGAUGGUACCCUAAUUCCACAAACAGUUCUUACUUUGUUCUUUGAUAACACACUCGCCUGAGCCCCAACGUUCAAUAACCAAGUACAUUUCUGGCCUUGUUUAAUCUCGAUCCAAGAUUCUCGAGCAGCGGGUGAAAUGAGCGGGCGCCAAUUGCAACUAAAUUUUCAUCUGGCGACCAGAUGUUUGCCAAAGAUAACCCUCGUCAGGGCCGCCGAGAGAAUCCGCGGGGCCCGGGGCAAAUCUUCUCUGGGGGCCCCAUGACAUCAUUAUUUUUAAGCCAGACCCAAGCCAGUCACCCAAAUAGACCUUAGCUAGACUACAUGUGGAGUACUGUACAUGUAAGGGGCCCUCAAUUUCAAAAAUUCUCUGACCAAUUUAAAGAACCUACUCAAUUUUAGGCUCCCGCUCUCAUGUUGGGGCCCUAUUAAGGUGGGGGCCCGGGAUAAUUUGCCCCCCCCGGCGGCCCUGAUCCUCGUGGCAACUGAGAAAGAACAUAUUAAAAUAAUAAUAAAAUGAAUUCUAAAGCCUUAAAUAUCUCAGUGAUCAAAUAUUUCAUUCUGCUUUUGCAUAUAAUGUUCCUACAUAUUAAACAAUUGGGUUUUUUUUAUGCUAUCUGUGUACAUAGAGAAUACUUCAUAACACAUUGGCAUAGGGCGGUUUGAUAUUGAAUUUGGCGUCCAAAUCUUAUUCACUGGUAGCUACCCUUGUUCCCAAGUUUCAUUAAGCUACAGUGUGUCUUAGCUCUAAUGGGUUAAUCAGACUAUCUACCCAUGUGUCCAGUUAACCCAUUAAAUUGUAAUGUGCUCCAAUACACCAUACUUUAUUAUUUUACUCUGUCUAACCCCAGACGAAUUUACUCGUCAAGGGAAGAGCGCUGACUUUCAAUGGGUUAAUGGAUUAACCAGACGUCUUUCCACAUCUCUUGUUGAGCCUUUUACCAGCAGUUGCUAAGGGGAGAGUCAUGGAAUAGAAAAAUAACAUUAAAAGUGAUUCUUAAUAAGCAGAUGAAACAACUGAUGUGUGCAGAAAAUGUACAGUAUGGUGAAAUGCCAUUAAUACUUUUCUUCUUCAUUUCCAGGGAUCUUACAUCGUUUGGUGCUCAAGUUGUCUAUAUUAAAUAUCAAGAUCCGUCCAGUGUUCUGGUUGCACAACAUUUGACAAACACUGUGUUUAUAGAUAAGGCCCUGAUUGUUGUACCAAUUGGAGAUGGUAACUUCAUGAGAAACUUUAUUUUUGGUUACUCCUAUUUUACAGUAGCCUGUGUACAGCCGUUACUCUUGACGAAACGCGCGAGAGAACGUCUGUGAGUUGGAUGCAUAAUCCUUGUUCAGGUCACGUGGGUAGUUCCCAGAUUUGGGGACCGGCCUCUGAUUGGACAGUGCUUUAUUUGAAUAAUUUAUGACAAAUGAAGCUACUUCAUUGGUUAAUUGAUAAUUAGCAUGCGUUUAAAAUAACAACACAAAAAUGUUUAAAUUCCAGAUCAAGAAUCAAGAUUUCCUUCGGGGUAUACAAAGGUUUGAAAGACUAAAAAUAUAAUCUGUUGAGUUUAAUUUUGUGCUGUAUCGAAGUUUAAGAAAAUCAAGAUAAAUUCUAGUGUUUGGACACUCAGCGAACAAUGCUGACAAAUAUAUAAAAUACAACAAACUAUCGGACGGAAAUUGAUAAUUUAUAAUUGACAAUUUAAUAAAUUGACAAUCUGUUUAUAUGUCCCGACCCCUCGCGAUAAAGCAUUUUCUUUACGUGUAAUGUGUUUAACUUCGUCUUACUUGGCCAGUUAACUUUUAAUUACUUUAAAAUGCACCUUUUGAAUAACCAGUUGUGUUUAUUUUUAAUACUUUGUCUUUGUAAACAAAUUUUCGCCAUAUAUAUGUACGCCAAGAACUGAGCUUGUACACCGGCAAUGAUCAUCGUUCAGCAUUGUUCGCACUCAAAACAAAUCUCUUCAUCGAGAAAUAUAUGCAAUAUAUCGUUUUUUAGAUUGUAUUUGAAGUCUUUCAAACCUUUGUAUGAGGAAAUCUUGAUUUGGAAUUGUGUUGUUAUUUUAAACACAUGCUAAUUAUCAAUUAACCAAUGAAAUAGCUUCAUUUGUCAUAAAUUAUUCAAAUAAAGCACUGUCCAAUCAGAGGCCGGUCCCCAAAUCUGGGAACUAUCCACGUGACCUGAACAAGCAUUAUGCAUCCAACUCACAGACGUUCUCUCGCGUGUUUCGUCGAGAGUAACGGCUGUACACAGGCUAAUUUUACAGUUCAAUGUGUCAGUAAAUUUAUUAACUUACGACGUUUCGGAGUAUUAAGGCCUGAUUCCACGGGCGCUUUUUCUCGGCGAAAUGCGAAAUAUUUCGCCUGUUUCUUUUGAAUUGCGACCACUGGAAUAAAUUAUUUCUACUUGAUUGCCCACAAUUCAAAAGAAACAGGCGAAAUGUUUCGCAUUUCGCCGAGAAAAAACGCCCGUAGAAUCAGAGAUAUCUAUGAAUCAGGCCUUAACUCCAUCUUUAGGUUUUAGAAAAUUUUACCCAAAAAGAUUAUUUUACAGUCUCACAAUUUCCACUUUUCAAUGCUAAUUUAUAACUUGACAGGCAUCAUUCCUGAAGAACAUCAAGCUUUGCAGGUGGUUGCACCAUCACCUGAUGUCAUGGGAAACUACGCUGGAGGAUUGAUUAAUCAGGUAAUAUUGAAGUACUGUUUAAUAAACGAGAAGGAGUGCUUUAUCAGAUAUAAAGCACGAGAGCGCAGCUCGAGUGUUUUAUAUCUGAUAAAGCACGGACUGCAAAUGUUUGAAAUGGCUUAAAAAAACGACCCAUCUCAUGAGUUCAUUGGCGAAGUAAUUUUAAAACUAAACGUUGUCUAAGCCGAGAAAAAAGUUAAUGUAAAUUGAACAUGAUUUUUUUCACAUAUUUCUUUUGUAUUUUUCUCAUGAAUUAUUAAUGAGUUUAUUAAUUGGUAUUGCAAAGGUUGGUGUAUAAUUAACCUAUUGAGCGCCAGUGCUCUUCCUUUGGCGAGUAAAAUUGCCUGGUGUUAGUAAAAUUAUAAAGUAGCGUGCAUUAGGGCUCAAUGCAACUAAAUGGGUUAAAUUGCAGUCCUGUUCAAGUUACAAAUCCUGUUCAAGUCCUGUUACAAUUGCAGCCCUGUUCAAGUUACAAAUCUUGUUCAGGUCCUGUUACAAUUGCAGUCCUGUUCAAGUCCUGCUACAAUUGCAGUCCUGUUCAAGUUUUUUGCACUUGUAGUUGUUACAGUUAUAAAACUCCACGACAUGAUACAUGUAGUGAUAAAAUUAAAUUGAAUGCUUUACUUAUUUCUCUACACAAUUUGUAUAUUUUAGUGUAUACCUGGCAUUGUUCAAGCAGUAGUUGGGACUGACCAACCGGUAAGAACAAUUUCUCUGUUUUUUAUUGUAAAAGCACUAGUGUGUAAAAGCAUAGUGUGAAUAAAUUGUGUGGCCAAAGAGUCUGGCUGUUAUUAUUUCAUGAUUAUAAGUUAUAUGACAACCAAAAAAUAAUUGACUGUAGCUAACAAGACUCACUACAAAUUGGUGUCACUCUCCCUUCAAAACAGUUAGCUCAUCAGUCGGUGUUUACCAAGAUAACCGUGAUUUGUUGAGAGCUUAAAUCCAGCAAAAUGGUCCGUGGAUAAUCAUUAAGAGAGCCUAGGGGCGUUACUGAACUGCUAAUAAGAGCUUCUUAGUAUUUUUUCACAAGUGAACAUAACAAAUCCUACACGUUGAUUGGGCAGAUUUGACGUAAUAAGCUGUUAUAUUCACCUACAGGUGAAUAUAACAAAACCGAAAUUGUCAAAAUGGCGGCUAGCCAGGUUGGGGGAAGUCAUUGAGAAAGAAAUAGGCGAAAUUAAAAUAAAAUCAGGCCCAAAAACACAAAAGAAUUGUGUAAAAAUACUAAAACAAUUAUUCGCCUCAGGCUCGGUGAUUAUCGGGAAUAUUUACCUCGACUUCGUCUCGGCGAAUAUUCCCCGAUAAUCACCUCGCCUUCGGCGAAUAAUUGUUAAAUACCAAUACAGGUUAUCUAUGUGGAUGUUCUACGUGCAUAACAUGCUGGAAGAACGCUAGCACUACAGCACAUGCAAAGGGAACUUCAACGUUCAGUCAAAUUAAUAAAGCUUGGAAACUUAAUAUUACUUGAAACAAUUUUGUUUGCAGUAAUCAAUGCAUGCAUAUUACAGAGAGGACUCGCUUUGUACUGUACUGUACUGUACUGUACGUUCAGUCAAAUUAAUAAAGCUUGGAAACUUAAUAUUACUUGAAACAAUUUUGUUUGCAGUAAUCAAUGCAUGCAUAUUACAGAGAGGACUCGCGUUGUACUGUACUGUACUGUACUGUACUGUACUGUACUGUACUGUACUGUACUGUACUGUACUGUACUGUAUUGUAAUGUCAAUUACAAUAACUCUUUUGAAUGCUAGAUAAAGUAAUAAUUCUAACGAAGUAGAUCUCACGAAUUCUUAUUAUUUUAGGUUGUCCGGAUGCAACUGACAUGUCCACAACCACCUCCUCUGCCUGAUGUUGAACCAUUAAAACUGGAUGAAAUCAGACGAACUGCUCAUAUUAAACAUUUACCUAAAGAUGUAAGUAAAUUAUUUUCAUACAUUAAUUAUGAAAUAUGAAUGGAUGCUAGACGAAGUAUGUUUAUCAUGUUUGGCUGAAUUUUUGGAUGCAAUAUGGAGAUGCUACUGUAUUGAGUGUCUAGACCUCUUGGUCAUUCCAUUCACCUAAUCACCUUAUUCAUAUUGUUUUGUGCGAUUAGAAACUUGUAUUGUACGAGUGCAUGAUUCCGUAAUUAUUAUUACUUUGUAAAACCGUUGUUUAAUUGUACUAUGUAUGCUAUUUUUGGAUCAGAUUAGUUGGUCCAAAGCUUUUGUCAUAACACUGUCAUCUUCACAAUUUUGUAAAUUCUUAAUGGUUGUAUACUGUAGUCAAUAUUGAUGACUGAUAUUUCAUAACAUUUUUCUUCUAGGUAAAUGCUGAACAGUUGAUGUCAUUUUUCGCAGCCUGUGGAGAUAUCCGAUAUGCUAGGAUCGUUGGUGAUGAUGAAGAAACACCAAGGUUAGAGCUUCUUAUUGACCAUUUUACUUCACAUUUGAUGAAACAGCUCACCACCCUCAUUAACACUGAGUAUUCCUCAUGUAUAAACCGUUUCCGCAAAGCCGAUUUACAAAGUCGAACGGUGUGUGCCAGUAUACAAUCUUUAACAAUAAAGAUUGGGAGAAGUUUAGUUUUAGCUCUAGUUUUCACAUGCAUUCGGUUGUAAUAUACCAUUUCUUGGUCCAUUUUUCCACUCUCCUUCCCCCCACCCGUAUCAAUGUUGGCGUCUCGCAACCAGACAUCAGAUUUUUGUCGGCCCAACAUUGAACUGGAGGAACGGGGGGCGCUACGCCUUUCAAAUGAUGUGAAAUUACAGCACCUGUCCCAUAGUUUCUGUCAAAGAUUGCAUCUAGCGACGAUAACAAGACAGCUGCAGAUUGUGAGACGUCAAUCUACCUGAAAAAUAUAAGCAGAACUGCAACGUUUCAAGCGAAGACCUUUCAUCGGGAAGUUAAGCCUGAUUUCCACUGUUGCGUUUUUCAUACGUACGUAUACGCACGUAAAACUUUAAAUCCGUUUAAAUGUUACUUAUGAAAUAACCAAAUAAAUAAAGCAGCAGAAUUUAGUGUUCCGCAAGUUUUAGUAUGCAUUUGUUAUCUUAUUUGUAAAAUAUUUAAAAAAUUGAAGGAUUCAACGUUUUACGUGCGUGUACGUGCGUACGAAAAACACAACAGUGGAAAUCAGCCUUUAAUCCUCUUUUUUAAUUCCGCCGUUUUUUCUCGUAAUGCUCCAAACUCUACCCCCAGCCUUGUCUGUCUGUUCCCGUGUCAUACUUUCUCACGCAGAGGGACAUUAUGAAUGUUUCUGUGCAAUCUCGCUUGGUAGUUUUGAAACAUGAAAGGUGUCAUGCAUAGGUACUCGAGCAUUUCUUGCAGCCGGAGCACGCUCUGUUUUUGCCACACUAUGGCCCAUUGACGAUAAAGCUGUCCUGAUUUACAAAGUGACAUUUUUCUUUUUUGGCCGUAUAUUUUACGUAACAAUGUGAAUAUUAUGUGUAGGAACAGCGCAACUGCGUAUAAUUUUAAUUUUAACAACUUUAUUGGACAACAUGCAGUUCAAAACUAACAUACGUAACAUGCGUAGAUUAGCAUAUACGGGAGCUGGAUGAUGCUUUUCGCGCAAUCUGAUUGGUUAUUUGGUUGCUCAGCUCAGGAUAUCCUUGCACCUCCGGAGCAAAACAAAAUGUCUUCCUGUCUUAGUCCUUUUAAUAGACGAGCGAAUUUUUGUACUAAAAGAAGCUGCAGUUUCGCCAAACACAAAGAAAGCCACAAACUUUUGCUUAGCAGUGUGUGCAGGGAUUCAUCAAGACUAUUGCUAACGAAUAAAAGUACAAAAAGCUUGUAAAUACACUGUUUUGUAUACAACUAUUGUGGGUGUUAAGAAGUUGUAAUACAAAUAUUUUCUAAACAUUUUCAUUUGUCAUUCUUAUUUUGUUAUGAACUUAUGGUGUACAGCUAUUUCAAUUAAGGUUGUCCCCCAAGCAAAGCGGAAAAGUCGAAUGCGAGCGCGAAAGGUUGCUGGGAAUCGCUAAUAAAUGAAUGAAUUUAUUAGCGAUUCCCAGCAGCUUUUCGCGCUCGCAUUCGACUUUUCCUCUUUGCUCGGGGGACAACCUUAAUUGAAAUAGCUGUAUACUAGCCUGCGUGCUGUCUCAACCCGUUGUUUUAAAAAUAUCAACUUGAUAUUUAAAAAAUUCGGGUUGAGGCUGCAUGCAGGCUAUAGGUAUGUACUAAAACAAUUAUUCAGCUCAGCGUGGGUGAAUAGUGCAAGGAUAUUCACCUCGACGUUUCGCGUGUCGAAACUAUUCAAUGACCCAAAAGGAAAGAUGCGAACGAGACGAUAAGUAUUUUUCAGGGGUUACAAAAUCUGAGUAUGUAUAUAUUGGUUGAUGUUGGGAUGCACACACCCUAACAGCCUGCAGAAAUCGGUUAUAUCCUCAUGUUUCCUGCACUAGGUUAAAUCAAAGAGAAAUAUAUUCGUGUGCGAGACAUUAGGAUGAAGAUCUGUAACCCUCCAUUGUUUUUACUUUUCUCACAGAUAUGCAUUUAUUGAAUUCCAAGAAGCAAGUUGUGUUGCAAGAGCUCUUCAGUACAAUGGGGCAAUGUUUGGUGGUGAACCUUUGAAGUAAGAACAUUAGAAAUGAAUGUCAUGCAGCAUGUCGUAAUUAUAACAUUUCCCAAGUUACACACGUGAAAACGCACAAGUUGUAACAAACCUGCAGCAGACUUGUAGCAAUACCGUUCCAACAACUUGUCAACAGGAUGUGUUCGCACUACUUGUUCCCAGCUUGUUGACAAGUUGUCAACGGCUUGUUGACAAGUUGUCAACGGCUUGUCGACAACUUGCUACAAGGUUGUUCAGUUCAACAGACUUGUUACAAGUUGUUCCAACAACUUGUUAUCGUCUUGCAAUUCAACAACUUGUCAACAAGUUGUGAGUGACAAGCUUGUAGCAACUUGAUAAAAUAACAUUGUUACAGCUUGUUGACAAGCUUGCUACAAGCCUGCUGCGAACACAUCUUGUUGACAAGUUCACGUGUGUAAAUAAGGAAAUUAAAUAGACGCAAUCACGAGAAAAAGUUCUAUAUUGGAAUAGGUACUUCAUGGAAUUUUUUACCGUGGAAUAGAUGGUUAUUGUAUUAAAGCAUGUCGACAAACACUGUGUAUAAUGGUGAUUUUUCAUUGAAUGAAAUCUGCUUAAAUUUAUGCAUAGACCUUCUUAUUGACUUAAAAAUGAUGACAGUAAAUUAAUAUAACCAUAUUUUCUGGCCAACGUUCUAACAUAGUCUGCAUGCUUCUCGAUUGUACAAAUUUUUCAAAUUUUAAGAUCACAAAGGACCCGUAGACAUAGUGGGAGUGUAUAGAAGGAAUUUGGAAACCGAGCUUUUUCGUUGUGUUUUGGCGAAACAUUGUCUACUUGUUUAAUUUCUCUGCAGGGUUAAUUUCGCCAAAACGAACAUAUUUAAACCUGAAAAAGAGAUUGCUCGCAUGAAAAGUGGUAUGGAUAAAACUAUGAAGAAAGUAACUGAGGCUUCAAAACUUGUCAGUGAAGAGCUUGAUGGUAAGUAGUUUAAUACGUUAUAUUAUAUAUUAUAUUAUAUUAUAUUAUAUUAUAUUAUAUUAUAUUAUAUUAUAUUAUAUUAUAUUAUAUUAUAUUUAAAACAUUUUUUCCGUAUUGAUAUACAUCAACACUCGUGGGAAUUGGGAAAACUCGAAAUUGUGUGAAAACACUCCGCUCGUGUUGAUAUAACUGUAUAUCAACACGAAAAAGUUUUAUAUUUGUUAAAUAAAGGAUGUUACGUUAUAAUACGCUGUCAUUCAAUCCAACAAGCAUUUAAAUUUCGGAGUGAAGGUGCACAUUAUAUUUCUCUAGGUGGACUGGGAGAACUUUCUGAGGUGAUGCAAAAUAUUUGGGGGGAGGGGGUAUGCGUACCCCCUGCACCCCCCCCCCCAGAAAAUCCGUCUAUGGUUAUAAUAAAGGAUGUAUAUAUUACUCGAUAGUCAUGGAUCUUUAGAUAUUCUUCAGUCAAUCAAUAAUUCUAUCAGUCCUGUUCUUACUCUUGUAAUCACUUUUAAAGUUAUAUUCGCUUUUAAAAAAGUGAUAAUUUUUACAUAUUGAUCUAUAGCUAAAUAUGCAUCCCCUCAGUCCAUUAUGGUGUUGUAGAUAUUAGGAUGGCUCAAAAGAUGUUAAUUGUUAGUUCUAACUAGUACUCGAUUAUAGUUACCUAUAUCUUAAAUAACAGUUUACGAUUGAAUGCCUUUGAAUUUCUAGAUGAUCCGAAAUCUCGCAGAAGUUCACGAAGUCGGUAUGUAAAAUGUACUAUUGUUCGAUUUUUAAUGUUUUUAUACUGUCAACUGAGCAUGUUAAUUUUUUAAUCAAUUUACAUUGAAGGGGUUAGUGUGUUUAAAUAAAGUUUACCUUAUCUUUAUCAGGCCAUGUGCUUGUGCUCCCAGUUGCACGAUACGGGAUUCGCUUGUUACGACAUCAACAUACUGUAUGCAGUUCAGAAAUGAUGUUUGCCCACAAAAAUUUCGCCCUUGAAAGUUUUCGUCUUGUCAUAUAAUCACAAUUUCAAGUGUUAGAAGAUCCCUGAAACUGUUACAUUCGAUGUUGUGACAAGUGGAUCCGGUAUGGUGUAACUGGGGUCUAAAUAUAGAUUUUCGUUCUUUGGAUAUAAUAGGUCGCCAUCACGCAGGAAAUCUCGUUCUCGUUCUCCAUCAAGAUCAAGAAGACGACGAAGUAGAUCAAGAUCGAGGUAUAUCAUGCAUACAUUAUUGUUUAUUUCGAAGAUGAUAUGUAGUCUGAUUCACGCAUGUGCACGUCACGUGAUGUAGUUUAUUACGUCACCAGGGAAUAUAAAAGUUCAAAAAAAUGUAUCAAACUCUUAGAUCUAUUUAAACAUUCUCAAAAUGCUCAAUUCAAAUGUGAUAUUUUCCUCCUCGUUAAUUAUAUUGAUUUCGUUAAGGUUCCUUUAACAAAUAGUUAACCUAAAAUAAAAUUUCUAAAACCCAAAACUUUCGAACAACACGUCCAGCGUCAGGAGGAAACUUGUAAAAUUAUAAGUUUAGCACAGAAGGCACCAUACGAAUAUGAAUGAGAAAAAUUAAUUGUUUGAGAUAAAAUCCGGUUUGCAACAUAAUCGAAAUAUUAAGUCGAUGUGAUGAGUUGAAACAAAAUGUAUAAAACAAUUUUUCUAUGCGCAUUUCAGACUUUACAUCAUCUUUAUAACAUUUUUUAUUGAACGGAGAACCUCUGGCGACUAUCAACACUAACGCAUCAUUUGCAAUCGACAAUCGUACCACACAAAUCUGCAUAAUUUGCCAUAUACGUAUAUGAGCAAUUAUGCGUUAGUUCUUAUCUACGUUCUUUUUAAGUGAGCUGGUGAAGCAAGUCAUCAAAAGGUAUUUAGAACAUAUGAAUGAAAACAAUGAAUCCUCUGCAAGCGUUUCUACAUUUCUCCUGCCAACCCAGUCUUCGCCCUAAUUUCCGACUGCGCAUUAGCAUACCAACAUAGCGCCGGUAGAAAAAGUAGUUUAGUCGCCAAACUUGAGCAAUUUCAAUUCAGGUAAUUUUGCAGAUAUCGUUCUCUGCGUGUGCGUUCAUUCCCUUCAAUAUAUCUUCCCAUAAAGAAAUUUUGCCAUUACAUUUUCCGUAGUCGCUUGUGUUUGGUAAAUGUACUAUCUAUAAGGUCGAGCUCAAUCAAUUGUCCUAUCCUGACUAGGUAAAUUUACUCGGCUAUUGUUACGUAUACUGAAUUGUCAUAAAUUAUUUGACAGUGAUCGUUAUGGAAGCAGACGUCGCCGCUCACCAUCACGUGACAGAUUCAGAAGACGUCGAAGUCCUAGUAGGUAUGCAACAAGAUGAUUCAACAUCAAAAAGAAUGUUAGGAUUGAUCAUAGAUAUCUUAUAUACAUUAGAUAGCGCAUCUCUAUUAGUAAAACUGAAGCCAAGAAUAUUCCAGCGGUUACCCCCAUUUGAAUAGAUGGCGGCCAUGUUGGUCGUUCCCACUCGCUAAUAAACGCUUAAAAAUAACAAUAACUUUCAUCAUUUGAAUAGUUUAAAAAUGUAUUUGGUAUAGGUUUUACUUAAUGUUUAAGUUGCCUGUUUAAGAAAUAGAAAAUAUACGAAUCUUCUCAUUUCAUGGGAACGACCUGAGACUGCAAUCACGGCUUCAAUUUUUGAAUUGCAGAAUAACUAGAUGCGCUAUCUAGUGUAUAUAAGAUAUCUAUGGGAUUGAUCAAUGUUACCUACUUAUUGCUAUAAACAGGCUUGUGGUCAAACCGCUUAAAUACUGUUAAUUUUAAAUUUAGAUAUUUGUUAUAUGUGCAGCAAAUCGUUUGUUUAUUUCAUUGUUAUUUGUUAUGCAACAUUCAAGAGAUGACAAGGCUUACAAAAUUUAUCACUUAUUACCAGUUGGAAUAAAUUAUCGCUAAAAGUGAAUUUAUGAAAAUAAUAUCAUUGUUUCUUACUUUGUCAGAUCUCGCUCACCAUCACGACGAUCUCAACGAUCAGAUUCCAAGUCUCGUAGAAGACGCAAAUCUACCAGCCGCCCUCGCAGGUCACCAAGUCCGAGUAGGUAAGAAACUAAAAUUCAGAGGGAGGAAAAUAUCAAAUUUCAGUGAUAAUAAGGAUAUUUCCAUUUUUAACAGAGACCAAAAACGACGUCGUUCGUCGUCUCGAGGACGAUCAAAAGAGAGAACCAGAGGUAAGUCACGUGAUCGUUCUGGAGACCGCACACGUGAUCGGUCACGUGACCGUGGCAAAGAGAAAUCAAAGUCUGAGAGCUCGAAAAAGAAGGAUGAGAAGAAAGAUGAAACCACGUUACCUGAGAAGAAAGAGGGCGAGGAAGGAGGUGACAAGAAAGUGGAGGGAACUGAAAAAGAAGAUCAGAAAGAAGAUGAAAAUGAAACUCUAAAAGAAAAGGACAAUGAGAGUGGAAAAGAUCAAGAAAAGGAAACAGAAAAGGAGCAAAAGGAGAAAGGUGAAGAAAAAGAGAAAGAGAAAGAUGAAGAUCGGGCUAAAGAGAAAAAUCGGGAAAAAGAGAAAGAAAGAGAUACAGAGAAAGAUCGGGCAAAAGAGAAAGAGCGUGAAAGGGAGAAGGAUCGGGAUAAAGAGAAGGAUCGGGAAAUGGAGAAAGAUCGAGAAAGGGAGAAAGAUCGAGGAAAGGAGAAAGGAAGAGACCGGGAAAAAGAUCGGGACAGAGAGAAAGAUAGAGAACGGCAGAAAGAAAGAGAUCGAGAAAGGGAGAAGGAGCGAGACAGAGAGUCAAAGAAGAAAAGGGAGAGAUCAAAAGAAAGAUCCCGGUCACGAAGUAAAGGUCGGGAGAGGAAAAGAACGAAAGAUAAAUCUCCAAGUAGAUCUACGUCAAAAUCACCGAGAAGAUCCUCCUCAAGGUAUGUAUAUUAUUAAUAUAGUUUUAGAUAAAAUAAUAAAGAGCAAAAGACGUUUUUGAUUCACAAAAGCCUACAGGAAGUCUGUCGAGUUGUUAUAGAUGGUGACAGCUGUUUUUAAGCUCUUUAAUAUACCAUUAAAAGUCACGUUUGCUGUACCUAUUAUUUGUCUAAGGACAAAUAUUGUUCAAAUAUUACGUACUUGCUUUGGAAAACAUAUCAAGAACAAAGUCGAUUAUUCUUCAAUACCCAGUACUGCAUUACUUAGUGUAUAUAAAUUGGUACUAAUUUCGUUCUGUGUUUUAACAGCAGGCACAAAAGGAAAAAAGAUAAACGUGAUAAACGUGAUGACUACGAUGGUUAGUUUUUUAAUUGUAUAUUAAUACACGCAGGGCCGCCGAGGGGGGGAAAUUGCCCCGGGCUCCCACCUUGAUAGGACCCAACUUAAGAGCGAGAGCCUAAAAUUAAGUAGGCUUUUUUAAUUAAAUUGGUCAGAGCAUUUUUGAAAUUGAGGGCCCCUUACAGUAGCUCCAUAUGCAGUCUAUAGCUUAAAAAUAAUGAUGUCAUAGGGCCCCCAGAGAAGAUUUGCCCCGGGCCCCGCAAAUUCUCUCGGCGGCCCUGAAUACAUGUCAUAUAUAGAACUGUAUAAACAUAGGUUCGAAAUGAAACUGCCAUUCUUUGAGUAACUGCAAAUGGUUAUUAAGAUCUAGGCAUCUAGCUGUCUAUCUAUCUAAUAGUAUCUAUCUAUCUGUUGUCAGUGUAUUUACAGUAACUGCCUGCCAUUCUAUCAUCUAUCUUUUCAUCCAGCCGUCUGUCUGCUUGUCUAUAUGUCUGUCUGGCUACGUAUUUUUCUUUUUUCAGUAUCUUGAUUACUUUCUUUAUCUUCUUCAAUUGUCUCUUUUUCUUUUUUCUUCAUCCAUUCAUCUAUUUAAUAAUCUGAUAACCUAUAUUUAACAAUUAUUUAGCAAUUAUUGACCGAAGUGGAGGUGAAUAGUGCAAGGAUUCUAGCCAUACCAUAAUAAAACAAAACGAAAAUAUUUUAUAAACAAUUUGUAUUACAGCUCCCAUAAUAGUUGUACUUGUUUGUUAAGGUAAAAAAAAUACACGAGACAGCGAUGGUGAGGCCGAAGAACGGCCGAAGCCGAACCGAAGUGAUGAUUCGGAUGAUGAUCGGAAGAAAUCUCGCCGGAAACGUAGCGAUGAAGAAUCAGAUGGUGACGAGAGCAAGAAAAGAAAGCGUCAUUAUAAAAAGAAGCCAAUCUCCGCUGAUCACUAUGGUAGCGGUAGUGACUGAGAGGUUACUGAGAGGCACAACUUGCGAUUGACAGUUUAGUCAGUUUAUACGCUCUCUGUCUUGACCAAUAGGGACCUUUAGCUAGCAGGACGGCGACGGCUAUUAAUACAAUGAAAUUUAUGACAGUGUAGAAAGAAAAUGCAUAAUUAAAGGUCCCAUGGGAGUUUUAGACGUCGUCCUUGCUCUGUUUACAACAGCAAACCAAAGAUUUUCACGUUUUGUACACAACGUCUGCCUUUCAAGCCGCGAGAAGUCGUCCUCGCCAAAUUGGCUUAGUAGAAGUCUUCUCAACUAUAAACCUCUGUCUUAACCUUCUUAAAUUGCAAUAAAUUCAUACAACGGAUAAUACAAGACAUGUUGAUCUUAAAGUUACUUAUUCGAACGAGUAUUUUGGCCGUCGUCGUCGCGUUGCCGUCACCUAUUUGCUAAAGGACUCUAUUAUUAUGGCCUCAGACAGAUUAUUUAAAUGCUGAUUGGCUUUAACCUAGGUCAGUAUAUGUGUCUGUUUAUAUGAUCCCGGCUAGGCGGGACGGGUCUUAAAGGUGAUAAAUGCCAACAACGGCACUUACCACCUUUUAGAUAUUCCAGAAAAAUAAUAAAAUUUUGAAACAAAUACAACUUAGCUCAUAUCUUUUUGAGGGCAUAUUCAGUGAGAAACUCAUUUUUCUCCAACGAUAAUCCUUAUUUUUUCCAUCGAUAUGUCCAAACUAUCCGACAUAGGGUUCGAACCUGCGUUCAUAAUAUUUCUGCAUAUUACAAUAAUAGUUUAUAUGUAAUGCACAUAUAUUAAUAUUACAUACAGAACAUUUUCCUUGGAUAAGAAUAAUUAUUUUAUUAUAAACGUUUUAGUUGUGUCUGAUAGCUCAAAACGACUGGUAAAGUCGUUGAAAUCCAUUGCGGUUUGAACAAUUCAACGUCACUUUUUACUGCCCUUAAGUCCUUGAAUUUCCUGUUACAUGACCUUGAAAAUUCUUGAAUUUUACUCAUCCUGACCUGUGCGGCUCUUGGGGAUAAAUGUAAUGUAUCUUUAUUGACUUUAUUGUACUUUUAUCUCUGUAGUUCUCUUACGUCGCCGUCGUUUUCUUGGUGUCUUCUCAGGAAAAUGUCCAUUAAUGUCUUUUGUUUUUUCCAUUAGAGAGUGUCCAUGAAUAUCAGGUAGUUUGUCCUUUGUAUUAUCUUGUGAUGGAUCGUUUUCCUUACAGCUGUCUUUCAGCUUAUCUUUUUCACCUGAUUUUGAACAGUGAUGUUUUGUUUGGCUCUUUUGACGCAUCUUGAACCCCGUAAUUUCGCUGUGUUGGUAUUCCACUGAACCGUGUAUCUUAAAUCCAAACAAUUUGGGUACAUAGUGACCUAAUGUUGGACUGGGAUGAAGUGCUGGGUAAGCCAUAAAGAACAUCUGUGGUAAACUUGUGCCAAAAGAAGCUCCAUCUGUAGGUUCGUUUCCAGGUAGUUCCGUGUGAUAUAUAUCCUCGCAACUUGGACAAUAUGUUUUCACAUUACCUUGACCAAGUUUAUCCGACAUUCCAAUUGGUAAAACUGUUGUUUUCUCGCAGUAAUAUCUUGGACACAAACCAUAAAAUCCUUCCUUGUACUUCUUAAACACUUUUUCUAAUCCUUUGCUUGUAAGCAUAUAGCGUGCAUGUACUAAGCUAUAUAACAUCUCAGCUGCU